AUGCGCUACAUCAUCGCCGCCUCCCUCCUGGCAACUGGUGCCCUAUCCCAGUCAACCGCCGACUACCUCAAAUGCGUCAGCUCAGCCCUGGGUAGCAUCGACACCUCAACCUUCACAAACUGCACCGACAAAUCCCCACAAGACUGCUUGUGCGCCAACAAAUCCGCCCUCGAGUCCCUCAGCACCUCCGCAGCCGCAGACUGCACCGGAAUCGACCUGUCCGCCCUAACCGACUCCCUCUGUCCCGAAGCCAGCACCGAAUCCCCCGCCCCAGCCCGCCACGCCAGCCUCCCCAUGGAGCCGGCGCAAAAGCGUGCCUUCGCACCGGAGCCAGAGGCCGCCUCGCCCGCCGCGGAAGUUCCGCGCGUCGUCUACGUGACCGAGACUCGCACCGACUGCAGCUGCAAGAGCACGCCGGUUGCCGAGAGACCGAUGCACCCGAUGCAUGUGUCGCAGAUUCCCGUGCAGGUGCCGUCGUCUAGUAUGGGGGUUAACAUGGGUGCUGUGGCGAUGUCGACGCCUGCUGCUUCUUAUUCGCAUGGUGUGCUUGUUGCGGCUUCUUCGUCAGUUGUUUAUGGGUCUAUGGCGACGCCUGCGCCGUCGGGUGUUGAUCCUAGUCGGUUCUCGCCAUUUAUGGGUGGUGCCGAGAGCGGGCGUUCGGUUGGGAAGGGACUCAUCGCUGGGGUUGCUCUUGUUAUGGGUGUUAUGGCUGCUUUGUGA